GUUUUCUAUGCCUCACAUGAUACUUGAGGGCUGAGAAGAGGAAAAGCUUCAGUAAGGCAGGGUUUCUUUUCAUUUCUUCAGAGGGAAACCACCAUCAAAUACAGACAUUCAACUCAUCAGUGUUUAGUGGCUUCACCUGCAGCGUAUCGCUCUCAACAUGACUUUUGUCAGUGGUUUUCACAACUUUCUGCCCGCUGUCCUGAUAUGGUUUAUGACCUUGGAGCCUUGCUUGUCUCAACAAGGACAGAAUCUAUCCAUGAACUACACAGAUUACACCUUUUUCACAAUAGAUUAUAGCGACAUCCCCGAGCUGUGUGUGAAAGAAAACAACCGCCAGUUCCGCCUCUGGUUCAUGUCUAUCUUCUUCUCCAUCACCUGCUUCCUGGGGCUGACGGGGAACCUACUGGUCAUCCUCACCUUCUUCUACUUCAGUCGUCUCAAGACCAUGACGGAUGUGUACCUGCUCAACCUGUCAUUUGCAGACCUGCUCUUUGCUCUGUCGCUCCCCUUUUGGGCAGCCAACUCCAUGGCAGAAUGGGUGCUGGGUUUGGUUGUGUGCAAGGCCAUGCACACUAUCUACAAGGUCAGCUUCUACAGCAGCAUGUUCCUUCUCUCUUUCAUCAGCGUGGACCGCUACUUUGCCAUAGCCAAGGCUGUCUCCGCUUUCCGCCGCCGCUCCCAAGCUGUGUUUCUCAGCAAGGUGUCAUCAGCUGUCGUCUGGGUGAUGGCACUGAUCUUCUCCAUACCAGAAAUGAAGUACACCAACAUCAAUAACCACACCUGCACCCCUUACUCUAGCAAUGCUGACCCGCUCCGUGUCACCAUCCAGACAAGCCAGAUUGUUUUGGCUUUUGUCCUUCCGCUCUUGGUCAUGUGCUUCUGUUACAGCAGCAUUGUCCAGACCCUUUGCCAGGCUCAAAACUUUGAACGGAAUAAGGCCAUCAAGGUGAUUCUUGCUGUGGUAGCUGUCUUCGUGGUCUGCCAGGUGCCCUAUAACCUGGUGCUAUUUUGGAACACAGUUGUCACAGCAAAAGGAGGAAGCAAAGAUUGCAACUAUGAUAACACUCUCCUCUACGCCACCGACAUCACCCAGUGUGUGGCCUUCCUGAGGUGCUGCCUGAACCCCUUCGUCUAUGCCUUUAUUGGUGUGAAGUUUCGCCACGACCUUCUGAAACUAUUGAAGGAGUUGGGUUGCAUGAGCCAGGAGAGGUUCUACAAGUAUACCUGCGGCAGGAGGAGGAGCUCAGCAGCCACCGACACUGACACCACCACCACAUUCUCUCCCUGAAACUGUCUCAGUAUGGACAAAAUCCUGUUCACACCCAAACAGUGGACUGUUGAACAUAGUGAUACAAGAGAGAUUCAAAUCGAAAAUAAUUUUUUAUGUACAUUCUGGUAAGACAAUUGUGUGUGAUUUUGCUGUUUUUGUAUUGGUUUUAUCUUCUUGUUAGUGUCUAUUCUCAUCUGUCAAGAUUAAACAAGGCUUUGGUUUUUCUUUUUUGCAGGCUGCAAGGUAAAUAUUGGUUAUUGUAUUGAUAUUUUUGGUAUUUCAAGAAAUGCAUUGUGUUACUUAAAAAUAUAUUAUCUACAGCGCUGUUACUCAACUAUUUGAAGUGGACCAACUCAUGUACGUUAAACUAAUAGAACAAAUCACAGUUUUACAAGUAUACUCUGUAUUGAAUGCUAUUUGCAGUAUUGUAACAAUUAAAUAAGCUUAAAUUCA